AUGUGGGCAGCUUCUUGUCUCGCAUCGUGCUGUGCUGCUUGUGCAUGCGACGCUUGCCGUACUGUGGUCUCUAGUAUCAGCAGACGUUCUGCAAGAAUUGCUUACUGUGGUCUCUUUGCACUUUCUUUGAUCGUUUCAUGGAUUCUCCGUGAAGUUGCUGCUCCUCUCAUGGAGAAGCUCCCUUGGAUUAACCAUUUUCACAAGACACCUGACCGGGAGUGGUUCGAGACUGAUGCUGUGUUGCGUGUCAGCUUAGGGAAUUUCGUGUUUUUCUCAAUUCUGUCAGUCAUGAUGAUUGGUGUGAAAACUCAAAAAGACCCUCGUGAUGAGUCAAUGUCAAAGUUUGGUGCUGGAUUUUUCCUUCUUGUUCAAGUUGUGCUUCUUUUGGAUUUCGUUCAUGGAUGGAAUGACACAUGGGUUGGCUACGACGAGCAGUUCUGGUAUGCUGCGUUGCUCGUUGUUUCUCUGGUAUGUUACUUGGCAACAUUCGUCUUCUCUGGACUUCUCUUCCAUUGGUUUACUCCAUCUGAACAUGAUUGUGGACUCAACACUUUCUUCAUUGUCAUGACUUUGAUAUUCGUAUUCGUCUUUGCUGUUGUAGUUUUGCAUCCCGCUGUCGGUGGAAGCAUUUUACCAGCAUCAGUUAUAUCUUUCUACUGCAUGUACCUCUGUUACAGUGGACUUGCAAGUGAACCCCGAGAUUACGAAUGCAAUGGUCUCCACAAACACUCCAAAGCUGUUUCAACAGGCACCAUGACAAUUGGGUUACUCACAACUGUUCUCUCUGUCGUGUAUUCCGCGGUUCGUGCUGGUUCUUCCACUACGCUUCUCUCCCCACCUGAUUCUCCCCGUGCAGAGAAGCCUCUGCUUCCGCUAGACGGGAAAGCAGAAGACAAGGAAGAGAAAGAGCAGAAGAAGCCAGUGACGUACUCAUACGCAUUCUUCCACAUCAUCUUCUCCCUCGCGAGCAUGUACUCUGCAAUGCUCUUAACUGGUUGGUCAACUUCGGUCGGUGAAAGUGGAAAGCUGGUCGAUGUCGGGUGGCCGUCUGUUUGGGUUCGUGUUGUGACCAGCUGGGCCACCGCUGGUCUCUUCAUCUGGUCUCUUGUUGCUCCGAUUCUCUUCCCUGACCGUCACUCUUAUAUCUCGCUCCCUGCCGUCGUCCCUCGCCGGAUUGCCCCCGACGCCGCCGGUAAAAUCUUCUUGGUUCAAUUCGUCGACAUGAAGCUCAACGUUAAGACUCUCAAGGGCAGCCAAUUUGAAAUUAGGGUUCAGCCCACCGACACGAUAAUGGCGGUGAAAAAGAAUAUUGAAGAUUCACUGAGCAAAGACAACUAUCCAUGUGGGCAGCAAUUGUUGAUUCACAAUGGAAAGGUUUUGAAAGAUGAAACCACCUUAGUGGAGAAUAAGGUUACCGAGGAGGGUUUUCUCGUUGUCAUGCUUAGCAAGAACAAAACUGCAAGUUCAGCUGGUUCAUCUUCUGCUCAGCCUACUUCCACGACCACAUCUUCAACUACGCCUGCAGCUCCGUCGUCAACCCAGUCUAUAGCUGUGCCAGCUUCAAAUUCUACCUCAGCUCAAGAACAACCGGCUGCACAAAGUGACACAUUGGGUGAAGCUGCUUCAACUUUAGUUAGUGGCAGUAAUAUUGAGCAAAUGGUUCAACAGAUAAUGGAAAUGGGAGGAGGCAGCUGGGACAAAGAAACAGUUACUCGCGCACUCCGUGCAGCCUAUAACAACCCGGAGAGAGCAGUGGAUUAUCUAUAUUCUGGAAUUCCCGAAAGAGUUGAUGUUCCAGUAACUAACAUAUCCGGAGCAGCCUCUGGUGCAGACCUUGCCGCUCCUCCUGCCUCCGGGGGACCUAAUUCAUCUCCUUUGGAUUUGUUUCCCCAGGAAGCAGUGUCUGAUGCUGGUGCUGGAGAUCUUGGAACGCUUGAAUUCCUUAGAAGCAAUGAUCAGUUCCAACAAUUACGCUCCAUGGUCAAUUCGAAUCCCCAGAUUCUGCAGCCUAUGCUUCAGGAGCUCGGAAAGCAGAACCCCCAACUUCUGAGGCUAAUUCAAGAAAACCAAGCUGAGUUUCUUCAGCUGCUAAACGAGCCCUAUGAAGGAUCUGACGGGGAGAUGGAUAUUUUCGACCAACCCGAUCAAGAAAUGUCCCAUGCAGUCAACGUUACCCCUGCAGAGCAAGAAGCGAUUCAACGGCUUGAGGCAAUGGGAUUUGACAGAGCAUUAGUCAUAGAGGCAUUCCUUGCGUGUGACCGUAACGAGGAGUUGGCUGCAAACUAUCUGCUAGAGAACUCAGCAGAUUUUGAAGACUGA